AUGAAUUAUAAGCUGAUACUGGAAGAGGGUGAGCUGGCUUCUGAGCUUGCACAAGAAGUCAAGGGGGGAUGUAAGGAGCUGGAAAUGAAAAAGUCAACAAAGGAAGAAUUUGGAUUUUCUCUGGUUUAUCAAUUCCUGAUUCUCAUCUCUUUAGUGGGAUUAAUCAACUAUAUUGGGCAUGUCAUCUCUAAAGAAGGUGUGAGAACGGAAGAAGAUAAGAUUCAAGUUGUUUUGUCAUGGCCUCAACUAAAAAAUCUGAAGCAACUAAGGGGUUUUCUAGGCUUGACUGGAUAUUACAGGAGGUUUGUGAAAGACUAUGGGAAGAAAUGCAGACCCCUCACUAACUUGCUGAGAAAAGAUGCUUUUUCAUGGAGUGAAGAAGCUACUAGAGCCUUUGAAAAACUCAAGCAAAUCAUGUAUUCCCCUCCUGUUUUGGCUCUUCCUAACUUCCUUAAGCCUUUUAUCAUUGAGACUGAUGCUUCUGGGACAGGAAUUGGAGUUGUAUUGAUGCAAGAAGGCCAUCCUAUUGCAUUGAUAAGGCACUUUCAGACAGAAAUCUUCACCAACCAGCCUAUGAAAGGGAACUACUGGUUGUAG